AUGACUUCCAGCCAGUCCACGGAGCCUGGGACCCCACUUGGUAAUGACUUGGAGCCUGGAUCGUAUACUGCUCUCCGUUUGAAACAUGCCUCAGCCGAACAUGUACACCUCACAACCCGCCGCUGCUUCAUUGGCCCAAUCCCGGAAGGAUGGCUCAAGAGCCACCGCAAAUCGUGGUACUCGCGAUACCUGCUUUCAGAUUACUCUUCGCGAGCUGUAACGUUCUCAGCAAAGCCAGGCAUAUCCCACCAGAGGCAAAUUACAGGUCUUGAUGGGCCGUCGGCAAGCGCUACGUUUAGCCGCAGCUUCCCCCAGCCAGAGGACGUUGAUGAGGAGCCAGAGGAGGCUGAUAAUACCAACCCAAGCGAAGACGGGCACCAAGAAACCGAACACGAAGAGGGGGGAGAUGGAAUGAGUCGGCUGGAAGCACAAUCUACCGCCAUAGAGACCGGGCAUGGCAGUCCUGAAGUGCAUUCUCCCAACGAGGAACCUCAUACUCCAGUGAAGCGGCGGCCGACAUUCAAGGACAGACUCAGCCCUAGCCAAUCCAAACACAAGUCUAGCACCUCAUCCUUCGUCACUGCCCCCACAAGGCCGCGAAGAGCCUUCAAGUCGAUGAUGCCUUCGCUAAGCCCACUCAAAAGCCCGCCUGCUGCGUCUUUCGUAACGGCGAAAGAGAACCAGACCCCAAGGAAAACCAUUGGAGAGAUCACAAACAUUGAGAUCAACAAGCCAACCAAGUCUUUCGAUUCUGCCCAACCUCAGCCAGGCUCGUCUCCAGAGACUCCUGGAAGCGUCAUGUUCCCUAGGUCAAGCAAUGGUGAUAUGGUGAACCAGGCCACUAAUCCCAACUCGACCGAUGCACUCAUACCUCACGGUCCCUCUGGCACUUCUGGUGGCACAUCUCCAGUUAUAGGAGCCAAAGACCCGCCGCAAGGUCGUGGGGCUGGUCGAGAGCAAGGACAGCAAAUAACGGCAGGCGGCAUGGUCAGAUUCGACCUCGCCGAUCAAGGUGAACGCAGAGACAAUCUGACAACUUUUGAUUCAAGGAAAUUUGGUCCUCAGCGGGCAUGGAAGCGACUCCGAAAGGACCGGUCCCACCCAGGAGAGAUCGUCAAGAUGGAGAAGAUGCUGGUGCGGGUAGAUUCCACUAUGCAAGAGCUUCCGCCUGAUUACAAUGAGAACGACAGUUUGAAAACGUCAGCUCGUACAGUUGAGAAGUGGAGAGAAUUCGUGGUUGUCUGCAGAGAGAGCACCACGGAUGAUGCAGAAUUCUCCAUUCAGCUGUAUAAAACGCGAGUCAUACCCUCGAAAGAAGAGACCCACGUACAGAAGCGCUCAACACACGAGAUACCGCUAGCUCGUAAAACCACACACGUGAAUCUCUACUCAUCGCUCGAUAAGACGGUGGUGAUCUGGGUUCCAUGGAGAGCAGGAACGAUGAUGUACAUUCUCCGAACUCACUCAUCGGCUAGUGCUGUCGAAUGGUAUACUUUCAUUCGUCGCAGUCUGGGUGAGCAAUGUGUCACAUCCCUGCAGGUCAACGUGCCCGACUUGAGUGUUACCCUGCAGCUUGAUAAUCCCUUCGGUGAAUUGGAGACAUCGAUUGAUGCGGCACAAGCGAAUAAUGUGGACGAAGCAGCGAUGAACAGGACGAUGGAAGCCGAAAAAGCGGCCGCUAGUAAUAUCAUACAGCGAUCUCUCAAGAUGUUGGAGAACAACCCUGAGUGGUCGAAUGUGCUCGAAGCAUGGCUUGGGAAAGAGAAGAUUGGCCUGGCUUGGAAAAGAUAUGAUCGUCUGGAAUGGGUGCAUGGUGCUAACGAGCAGAAGAUGUAUGGCACAUUGGCGAUGGAGCGAACACACGAGCUAGAGCUGAGACCGAAGGACCAUUACCUGACACACAUAAAGCCCAAAGGCGGAGAAGCUAUGGACGAGCCUGCGCCUGUAGAGGGGUUUCUAGUACGCCUUACGUCCCAGAAGGGCAAUGUUAGAAGGCUCGGGAAAAUGUACUUCAAGAGGUUGUAUUUUGCCACUCACAACCAAUUUUUAUGCUAUUGCAGACCGGCAAAGGCGUUGCCUCCACCACCACCAAAGCUUUCGUUGUCAAGAAAUGCGAAGGUUCCGAGCGCAAGCGAGAUCGUUCAAAACACCCCUUUGAUCUAUGCCGUCAAUCCUUACCCCAACAAGGAUGGCGAGAUAGAAUGGCUUCACCAAGCAGCGACAGCAAAUAAAACACGCCAUGACGAGGACGCAUAUAAGGAAGCUGAGCGCAACAUGAACACACUGCUCCAAGCUGAGGGUUACAUCAACCUAAGUCAUGUGGUUCGGGUUCAAAUUGCGCAACGGGGAAAUUCCGUAGCGGACGAAAAUGUUGGCCAAGGACAAGAUGUUGACUUUCACGAGGAAGUGGAGGACACCGGGCAGGAUGACGGCAAAAUUGAUCAAUUCGAUGACAAUCGCACCUUUGAGCUAGUCAUGAAGAACAAGCUGGUCAUCAGGCUGCAGGCUUACAAUGAAACAACUAAGAAGGAGUGGAUACAUCGGCUUCGAAAACUUGUUCGGUAUUGGAAGGUUCGCCUUGCUGCUGACGUGGAUUUGUACAAAACAGUGCGGGCCAUGAAUCUGAAGCAACUUGAUGUCGAUGAAGAGUCGGAAGCUUACAUCGGUCAAUUUGGUUCAAAGUGGGAGGUCACUAGAUCAGUGGCUUCUCCAAAGCUAUUCAACAUGUGCGGUGUAUCCUGCUGCCGCGCUAUCACUAUGGCAGGAGUAUUGUACCGCAAGCCAAAGCGACAUUCAACCUUUCAACGCUGCGGGGUGAUUCUCUGCCAUGGCCAGGUUUUGAUCUUCCACGGAACCCUUCGCGAGCGGACUGGAAAGGAAGUCAGACAUAUCCAGCAUGAACGACAAGCAGCAGUUGAUCUAAAGAACUGCUACAUCUACAGCGGCCUUGUUACAGAAGGUGAUCUUCUUUACCAGAACCAGACCUUCGACAGCAAUCACCCAGGCCAUCAUGCCCUUCCCCGAGUGUAUCUUGAAGAUGGCUGGACUUCGACGGACGAGGAUACAAUGACUACCUUCGUCAUCUGGCAGCCCCAGAGCAAAUCAUUAUUCAAGGCAAACGAGCAGCAGGAAUCGGGUAAAACGAGGCAGCGGCUUCGGUAUGUGUCAAGGCUUGGUAUGCCUGGUCGGUCGAUUGUAUUCAAGACGCGGAGCAGGGCGGAGCGUGACCAUUGGGUCAUGAGUAUCGGAAUGGAGAUUGAUCGCUUGCAGGUCGGUGAGGAUAUUCGGGUUAUCGAUAAGAGUUAG